CAAUGUCAUUGGUGCAGUGGACUGCACACACAUAAGGAUAAAAGCCCCCUCAGGUGCCCAUGAGGCCGAUUUUGUGAAUAGGAAAUCCUUUCACAGCAUUAAUGUACAGAUGGUCUGCAAUGCUGACUGUGUGAUCAGCAAUGUUGUGGCAAAAUGGCCUGGCUCAGUCCAUGACUCCAGAAUCUUUCGGGCCUCUGAAAUCUAUCAGUGCCUAUCGCAAGGUGGCUGCCAGCCUUUUCUCCUGACACCUUUCACAGACCCCCAGGAAGCACAGCAGGCCUACAACCAUGCCCAUGCCAGGACCAGGGCCAGAGUUGAAAUGACCUUUGGCCUCCUGAAGGCACGCUUUUACUGCCUUCACAAAUUAAGGGUCAGCCCUGUUAGGGCAUGUGAUAUUACUGUGGCUUGUGCUGUCCUCCACAAUGUGGCCUGCCUGAGGAAGGAGAGGGCCCCCAGAGUGCCACCAGCCAUGGACUGGGACAAUCCGGCAAUCUUCCCUGAUGACGACAGUGGUCGGCUGCUGAGGGACCAAUAUGUGUUGAAUUAUUUUAGUUAGUAUGUGUGCUUUCAAUUUUGGUUAAAUAUGUCCUGCGGUGGCAGAGGAAUUUGUUUUUUUUUUUGGGUUCGUUUUUUUACGAAUUUGGCCUCUUAUGAUGUUUGUGCGGUAUACUGUGUGUAAUACAAGGCUGCAGGGAGGCUACUGCAUCCAUUCAUUUGUCUGUUCAGUUGAUGUGUAUGGAUUUGUCCUGCAUUUAUUUUAGUGUGCAGACAUGCAGGGUUUGUUAUAUACAGACCUUUGAAUGUGUAUGUAUCAUUUUGUAUAAUAUGCUUGGAUUCUGUGCUUUCCAUCUUGUAGAGUCACUGUGACUUCAGUUUCGAAAGGAGCUGAUGGUUUACCUGCUUUGUUUUGUCCUUAUUCAAUAAAGGAACAUAAUGUUACACAUUGUGUUUUUAUAUUCAUAUGGAAUGUGUAUUUGUUUAUAUGACAGAGUACUAGGGCCACACUGAAGAAAAAGGAUAAAGUCAUAAAUUUAUGAGGCUGGUUCUUUCUGCAGAAAAGCUACAUAUUGUUUUGAUACUUAUGACAAUGUGAUACUUAAUAUUCUGGCACAUCAGCAUGUCUUUGUUUAUGAAACCAUACUGAAGUACAAUUUCACGAAAUGCCCCACAUCUGUCAUUUUAACAACUGUCCUCCUUUAAAACAACUGGUUACAAUAUUAUUACUUGUGUUUUUUUCCCCUCUGUGGCCCUAAUAUUCUAUCAUUUUAUAUAUAGCCUUAUAGUCUAUGGGAAACUAAAUUAUCUAAUGAUAGCAACAUCAUCUAAAAAUUAUUUUUUAUCCAAAAUCAUUGAAAUUAAUGAUCACAAACGUUUAAAUAAUGACAGUGGGUCUAGUUAUAUGUGAUAACAAUGUAUAGUGAGCAGUGAAAUAACUAUUGGUUUCCAUUUGUGGUGACUGCUGACUGACAUUAGGGAUGAGAUUAAAUAGAUCCUGGAAUUUAGCCUGGUCUGGAGCAGGCUAGCUCCACAGAAUAAAUCUCCAUGGUAAUUUAUACCAUAACAUAUCCUCCUGCCCCCUAUCCAUCUUUAGUGCAACCGGAUUACGGAUCAAUUGAGCCAGGAUCACCAAGAUAUCCUGGCUUAAUCCCUUAUCCUAGUUUUGUGCAACAGG